UUGUAUUAAAUACAGGCGCAAUACAAAUUCUGACAUACUUAUAUAUGAAUAUUUAUUUAUAUUAUUUGGAAAUUGACACAUUUUGUCCGACACAUUUAUGAAUUUAAAUAGAAACUAGUUGAAUAUAUAUGAGUGAAAUGAUUAGCGAUUAGCUGCAUCACAUUUGAUGUCAAUAAUUUUACAAAAUGUGGAACAGAAUGCUCACGAGAUUUUUUAGUACAAUUAUUAAAACUCAGAGAGUACAAAGAAAGAUCUAUAAGGAUUGGACACUAAGUGCAACUGCUAUUUUUAAAACAAGCAUGUGCACUGACACUUUUGAUAUGAACCUUCUCUCUCCAGAAGAUAAAAAGAAAAUACUCCAAAUAAUAAAUAACAAAACCACAGAGGAUUUACUACAGUAUUCUAUUACUAAAAAGCGUGCACAGACAUUAGAAUCAUAUCGUGAAAAUAAUGGACCAUUUGAAUCAUUGGAUGAUUUAUUACAAGUACAGAAUAUGAAUAAUAGAUGGAUAUAUAAUUUUUACAAAUCAAUUAUAUAUGGCAAGAAAAGGAAAAAGCCUAAGAAGAUUAUGUCAGGCCUAGUUAUAACUCCACGAAGUACUGAAAAUAAUCAUAAAAAUAUCAACACAGUAUUGGGCAUAUACAUAGGACAUGACAUCAUAAGUUGGUCAUUAUUAAACCGCAAUUGUGAAGUAUUACAGUGGAGCUAUAAAUCUUUUCCACAGAAAGGAAAAAAAGAAGAUAUUCUUUCUUUACUUCAAACAACUCUACCAAUUGCUAAAGAAUUACCGAAGGCCGAUCGGUAUAUAAUGCAAGAGACCGGUGGUGAUACGGGCCAUAUAAAAAAUACUAAGUUUUAUCAAAAUUUUAUACAACGGUAUAUAAUAGGCGCUAUCAUUUUGUCUCACCUGACGAUUGAUAGUAAAUUUAAUGACACCACAGAGUUUGUGGCAAACAACAUCUGUAUACUUCGACAGUGUGUAUUACGGAAAAUCUACGAACUUGUAGUAGACAACGAGACGAUUUCCACACAAUACAUGGUGCAAAAGUUACUGCAGGAAAGCGACGAAUUGAUAAAAACAAAGGAACCAAAAGUAUUAAUAGGAACAGAAUUAAGAAACAUGUAUAACACACAAAGUUCUAUUUGUCAAGAACAGAUUGGUUGGUCAUUGUUGAUAGCGUUAGCUUUUGUAGAAUUAGUUUUACAUAAAAGAACUGAUAUGGUCCUUCGUGAAGCUUCUAAAAAAUUAUAAAACGUCAUGUUAUUGUUAUUAAUUUAAUAA